AUGAAUGUUUUGUCCUCCGAGUGCAGUAGUGGGUGUGAAUCUGGUUGGACUAGUUACUUAGUGCAGUCCUUUUGUUCUGAUGAUUCUAAUGACAAAAAGAGUGGUUUUUGUGAUGAAUAUAGGAAGGGUCACAAGGGUAAAGAAGAGGUUGUUGUUGUUGUUGAUGAUGAUGAAGAAGAAGACCUUUCCAUGGUGUCUGAUGCAUCUUCUGGACCUCCACAUUUCUAUGAAGAUGAUGAUGAUCAUCACUACACUGUGCCUAAAGUUGCUGCAUUCAAUAAAAAUGGUGGUAAAAGGCAUAGGAACAAGGAACAACAACUGCCUUCUUUACAUGAUGAUACUGCCAGCUCUCCUCUCAUUAAUUUGCAGAACAAUUUUGGUCACACCAAUAAUACUCAAGCUUCAAUGGAGGAAAGUGGCUUCCAUUAUCAUCCCCAGGGGUUCUCUGCAACCACUUUCAGGUGGUUGGCCAAUCUUAAUUUGAAGAACCAUUAA